AUUUUGCACAGGAAUACUUUCUUGGCCAAAAAAGGCUUUGACAGUCCAAAAGUCAAGAAAACAGGUACCACAAUCGCAGGUGUGGUAUAUAAGGAUGGCGUUAUUCUCGGUGGUGAUACACGAGCAACUGAGGAUACUAUUGUAGCUGAUAAAUACAGCUUGAAGAUCCAUUAUCUCGCUCCUAAUAUGUACUGUUGCGGAGCUGGUACAGCUGCCGACACUGAAAUGACUACAGAAAUGAUAGCUAGCCAAUUGGAACUACAUCGUCUGAAUACUGGCCGUGUUGUGCCUGUGUGCACUGCCAACACAUUGAUAAAACAAAUGCUAUUCCGCUACCAGGGCCACAUUGGUGCUGCUCUUAUCCUGGGAGGUUUUGAUCUGGAUGGACCUCAGCUGUAUUGCAUUUAUCCUCAUGGUUCAACAGAAAAGCUGAAAUAUACCACUAUGGGAUCUGGUUCGCUGGCUGCUAUGUCGGUACUCGAGAGCACGUGGAAGUCUGAUAUGUCGGUAUGGAGUUUUUAAUCGUACAGUCGAGUA